AUGGGCUUGGAGCGUAUGAUUAAAGGAGUGCUGAUUGACUUGUCCGGAACAUUACAUGUGGAAACUACUCCAACAUUGGGUGCAGUGAAUGCUUUGGCCAACUUACGAGCUCAUGGAUUCAAGAUACGAUUUGUAACCAACACUACAAAAGAGUCACGAAACAAACUCUUGUCACGUCUGACAACAAUGGGAUUUGACGUGUCCGGAAAGGAAAUCUUCACGUCAAUGACCAGUGCAAGGAAUCUCGUCACCUCAAUGUCUUUAAGGCCAUACUUGCUUAUCGAAGAUGCUGCCAUGGAAGACUGGGAGGGAGUUGAUACGUCAAAUCCGAAUGCAGUGGUUGUGGGUCUGGCUCCAAGUAAAUUCAACUAUAGUUGCCUUACGGAUGCUAUGAACGUCUUGCUGAAUAACAAGAAUGAGGCGAAACUGAUUGGUAUUCACAAGGGAAGGUACUUUGCCACUCAGACGAGUUUGGCUCUUGGUCCUGGGCCGUUUGUUCAGGCUUUAGAGUAUGCUACUGAUAUGCCAUCUAUUGUCGUCGGCAAGCCUAGUAUGGCAUUCUUCCAGACGGUUUUGGAUGACAUGGGAAUCAAGGCAGAAGAAGCAGCCAUGAUUGGUGAUGAUGCCAGAGAUGAUGUUAUUGGUGCUUUGAAAGCGAGAAUCAAGAGUGGAUUCCUUGUCAAAACUGGAAAAUAUCGGCCAGGAGAUGAAACAAAACAUGAGAUGGCACCAACGUAUACUGUCGACACUUUUGCCGACGCAGUUAAUAUAUUGUGCAAUAGCAACUAG